CCCUCGAACUGGCCAUGCCCCGCCAGGCGUGGGAGUGAAACACGGAGCCGGGCUCCGGGUCCCCCCGCCCGUGCUCGUUUCCUGGGUGGAGCUGGGGCUGGGCAGAGGCAAAAGCCUUUAAAAGCCUCCAGCCCCAGCUCGCGGGAGCCAGCAGGUCCCAGCAAGCGCCGAGGAGCCAAGCGGGGAGCGGGUGGAAUCCGUCCGGCUGGCCUGGCCCCCGGCCAGCCCUACGUUUCCAUGCGCCCUCCGGGCCGGAUGCCAGGCUGAGCCCCGGAGCGGCUCCGUCUCGCCCGAGGAGCGUGGCCCAUGGACCUGGCCGGCGGCCGGCGACGUCGCUGGGGUUCCCUCCAGCUGCUGCGGGCCGGGAUCCCCGGGGGCAGGCGCUAGGCCGACUUCCCAGCCUCGGGCCGGAAACUGCUUGUCGCCGCAGGGGCCCCCCCGCCAUGGGGCAGGCCAUGGGGCCGCUCUUCCUCUUCCUGCUGGCCCUGGUGCGGCUCUGGGCGAGCCAGGCCCUGUCCACCUGCAAGACCAUCAACAUGGAGCUGGUGAAGAGGAAGCGGAUCGAGGCCAUCCGCGGGCAGAUCCUCAGCAAGCUGCGGCUGGACAGCCCCCCCCAGGUGGAGGGGGGGGACGCCGCCCUGCUCCGCCUGCCCGAGGAGGUGAUGUCGCUUUACAACAGCACCCGCGACAUGGUGCGGGACAUGGCCCGCCAGCAGGAGGCGGCGAAGCUGCGUGAGAGCCCCCAGGACGAGUACUACGCCAAGGAGGUGCACAAGUUCUCCAUGCUGUCGGUGAAAGACGACAGCUACAAGGACUGGGGCAAGACCUACCAUGGCACCUUCUUCCUGUUCAACGCCUCGCAGGUGCGGGCGCAGAUCAGCAGCGAGGCCCUGCUGCACCGGGCCGAGCUGCGCAUGCUGCAGAAGCCGGGCACGGAGCAGCGGGUGGAGCUGUACCAGCACUACGGGAACAGGUCCUGGCGGUACCUGGACAGUCGCGCCGUGGGGCGGGCGCCCGAGGAGGAGUGGCUGGCCUUCGACGUCACCGAGGUGGUCCGCCAGUGGCUGAGUGGCCAAGAGCCGCUGGAGAUCUUUAAACUCAGCGUUCACUGCUCCUGCGAGGCCGCCUGUGAGGAACUGAAAGUGACCAUAGACGGCUUUGACCAGAAGCGGGGGGACCUGGGCACCGUCUCCUCCACGGCCCAGAAGGUGCCCUACGUGCUGGUGAUGUCCACGCCCCUGGAGCGCGCCAGCCACCUGCAGAGCUCGCGCCACCGCCGGGCGCUGGACACCGACUACUGCUUCGGGACGGAGGAGAAGAAUUGCUGCGUGCGGCCCCUCUACAUCGACUUCCGCAAGGACCUGCAGUGGAAGUGGAUCCACGAGCCCAAGGGCUACAUGGCCAACUUCUGCAUGGGCCCCUGCCCCUACAUCUGGAGCUCCGACACCCAGUACAGCAAGGUCCUGGCAUUGUACAACCAGCACAACCCGGGCGCCUCGGCCGCGCCCUGCUGCGUCCCCCAGGCCCUGGCGCCCCUGCCCAUCGUCUACUACGUGGGGCGCAAGCCCAAGGUGGAGCAGCUCUCCAACAUGAUCGUCAGCUCCUGCAAGUGCAGCUGAUUGCCCGGGCGCCGGCGGGGCGAGGCCGAGACACACGGACUCACUGCCCCCCCGCACCGCAGAGAACGGGCAGGGGGCUCAUGGGGGGGGAACUAGGGGGUUUUGGACUUGGAGUUUCUCUUAUUAUUAUUAUUAUUAUUAAUAAUUUUUUUUGUAAAUUCCCUCAGUGUUUUUGGGUGAAAAUCUUGAAUUUUUUGUAAUUUAAAAAAGAAGAAGAGAAUUAUUUAA